AUGGACUUUGUCGAUGCUUAUAUCUUGGCGUCUCCAGGCUCGAUGCUCGUGGCCUUGGUAACGGCCAUCUUCUUCUUCCGUCAUGCAUGGCCCCAUAUCUCGAACAAGCAGCCAUACAAACCAACAUACCCGGCAUUAACCAAGGAGGACUCAAACCCUAGCGUGGCAGUAUCAAAGGAACCCGAAAUCCCAAACGGAUGGUGGACAGGCCACGAAGUCUUCGAUCUAGAGCGACGCGCUCUCUUCAGUCAAACUUGGAUAUACCUUGCCCACAGCGGCCAAUUUUCCAAAGCUGGCGCCUACCAAUCCUUCGACGUCGCCGGGUUCCCGAUAUUUCUGAUCCGAGGCAAAGACGACCAAAUCCGCGCAUUCCACAAUGUCUGCAGACAUCGCGCAUACACCAUCACAAGAAAAGAGACUGGGACUUCCACGGUGCUCGGUUGUCGGUACCAUGGCUGGAGCUAUGAUACCCGCGGGCAGCUUGUCAAGGCGCCCCAGUUUGACGGCGUGCCCGGGUUCGAUAAAGCACAAAAUGGACUGUUUGAGAUCCAUGCGCACAUCACGGACCAGGGCUGGGUCUUUGUUAACCUGGUGGCUGGUGAGCCGACUCCUUUUGAGGGCUCGGUUGAGCUGGCCUUGGAUGGGUUUGCACGCGUUGCAGAUGUGGAAUCGCAUUCGGGAUGGAUUGCUGGACAAACGCUGCCUGGGGAGUUCAAUUGGAAAAUGUGGUGGUGGCUGAUAUAUUAUUGUGUCAAAGUGGGCGCCCGUCGCUGCGAGCAUCUCACUACACAGCUGGAGCAUCGAGUCUUUGAAACAUUGGUACCUUCUCUGACAACCAGGAUUGCUCGAAUAUUCACGCAGGCAAGCGAUCGAGCAGAAUGCUCCUUGUUCCCAAGUACUCUAUUGUACUCUUUUGACAACGCAGGACUAUGGAUGUCGUUCACCUUCCUUCCGGCAUCCGAGACGCGGACUCACGUUCGAUAUGACCUAUUCACAAGAACUCCUGGAGCCAAUUCCAAUAAAGAAACACUAUCUCAUCUCGUGGAAGAGGUGUUCAAAGAGCUGAUUCGCAACCUCGAACUUGAAUUUCAGGCAAUUAUGCAAAAUCCGGGACCUCAGGCGACAUCAGAGUUGGAUUGGAGUACUCAAAGUACUUCGCAUCAAAUCUUGACCCGGCUCCAACAACACGCCAAAUUGGAAAAGACUCAGGGCGCACAGGUGCGUCCGGCUAUGCGCCAGCCUAAGGGAAGCUCUCUCUUCCAGCAGGCCGAGCAGUUAUGCAAGGAGUUGGACUGUGCCAGUGGCUCAAAUGGAAAUGGGACUUCAUCGACAGGACUCGAGUGGUAG